GAAAAGUUUUGCUACACCUGUAAAGCUGAAAUCUCGGACCAAAACCAAAUAUCAAACCUACUUCGUGUUCUUUCCAAUGUUGUAGUCAAAAUCUUUUACCAGACAGACACGCACACACACAGAAGAUAACCUGGGAUUUGCUUCAUCCGAUAUUGUAUUAUACCAUGAUGCUGCGAUGGAAUAGAAAGAAAACCCAUUUCCCUCUCAUAGCAAUUCUCUCUUUAGUCUUCAUAGUUUUCACAAUCCUCUACAAUGAACGUAGCAUAAGGCAAAUCCAAGAAAACCCAGAUCACGUUCAUCAUCACCAAGAAGCUCCAGUCACUUUUGUUAAAGCAAAUCGUAUAAACCCAGCUCAAGAGGUUUUGGAUAGAUUCAGUAAGUGCAACUCCACCAGAGACUAUAGUGGUCGGAAAAUCGCUUGGGUUGACCGUAAUGACGGUCAACGCCGGAGAGUGGCAUCGGAGAGAUGCGACGUGGCUUCGGGCAAAUGGGUGUUUGAUAAUACCUCGUAUCCACUGUACAAAGAGUCGGAGUGUCCGUACAUGUCGGACCAAUUGGCGUGUCACAGGCAUGGGAGGCCUGAUUUGGGGUACCAGUAUUGGAGGUGGCAACCCCACGGAUGCAAUUUGAAGAGAUGGAAUGUGAUUGAAAUGUGGGAGAAGUUGAGAGGGAAAAGGCUAAUGUUUGUAGGGGAUUCAUUAAACCGAGGGCAAUGGAUAUCAAUGGUGUGCUUGUUACAGUCAGUGAUUCCAGCCAAUAAGAGAUCUAUGUCACCAAAUGCGCCUCUUACCAUUUUCAGAUCAGAGGAAUAUAAUGCAACUGUGGAAUUUCUCUGGGCUCCAUUACUUGUUGAAUCUAAUUCUGAUGACCCAGUGAAUCACAGAUUGGAUGAACGGAUAAUCCGUCCUGAUUCAGUUCUGAAGCAUGCAUCAAAGUGGGAGCAUGCUGAUAUAUUAGUUUUCAACACGUACUUGUGGUGGCGACAAGGUCCAGUUAAGCUAUUAUGGAGUGCUGGAAAAAAUGGGAUUUGUGAAGAAUUAGAUGGACUUGGAGCUAUGGAAUUGGCCAUGGGAGCAUGGGCGGACUGGGUUGCUUCUAAAGUGGAUCCCCUCAAGAAGCAAGUCUUUUUUGUUACCAUGUCCCCAACGCAUCUCUGGAAUCGAGAGUGGAAACACGGAAGUGAAGGCAAUUGCUAUGAUGAGAAAACCCCUAUAGAUUUUGAGGGCUACUGGGGAAGUGGUUCUGACUUGCCUACAAUGCGCUUGGUAGAGAAGGUACUUAGCAGGUUAGGUUCAAAGGUUUCUGUUCUUAAUAUUACUCAACUCUCAGAGUAUCGCAAAGAUGGCCACCCUUCAAUUUACCGCAAGUUUUGGGAGACACUGAAACCUGAACAAUUGUCAAACCCUCCAAGUUACUCUGAUUGCAUACACUGGUGUUUGCCAGGUGUACCUGAUGUAUGGAAUGAGUUGCUAUUCCAUUCUUUGUAAAAAUAAAUGUAAACUAGAAAGGUCUUUUUAGUUGUUUCCUGUAGCAAAUUAGCAAUUGAAAAGGGAAUUUUGAGUUUUGUUUCCAUUCACAAGGAGAAUGAUUGCUUGUAACAAUUGAUAUUCUAUUGAUUUAUGCAGUUAGAAAUGAGGAUUUCAUUGCUAUUA